AUGUUCUACCAAUUCAAGGUGAAGGAAGAUCAUAGGAAAUACCUACGGUAUUUGUGGUGGAAGGAUGGAGACUUUCUGCAACAGCCCCAUGAGCUAAGAAUGACUGUCCAUUUGUUUGGGGCGACGUCGUCUCCAGGAUGCUCAAACUUUUGUUUGAAACAGAUUGCCAGCGACCAUGCUAUUGAAUUUGGAGAGGAUGUAAAGAACUUUGUACAUCAUAACUUCUACGUGGACGAUGGGCUAAUAUCUGUUCCUACCAAAGAAGAGGCCAAGAAUCUGAUCUCGAGAACCAGAGAGAUGUGCAAGAAAGGAGGCCUCCACUUGCACAAAUUCAUCUCAAACACCCAAGAAGUGCUGGAAACAGUUCCGGAAGAGGAUAGAGCAAAGGGCACUACCAAGACUAAUCUCCUACAGGAUAAGCUUCCUUUGCAGAAGGCACUUGGGGUGCAAUGGUGUGUGGAAUCUGACACGUUCCAAUUCAGAGUCACACUCGAUGACAGACCUCUAACCAGGCGCGGAAUACUGUCAACCGUGAUGUCGAUCUAUGACCCUAUGGGAUUACUAGCCCCGAUUGUCUUACCUGGUAAGCAGAUUCUGCAAGAGCUGUGUAAGAUGUCUGCUGAUUGGGACGACCCCCUGCCAGAUCAUCUCAGAGAAAGAUGGGAGAAAUGGACAACUGAUCUGCAUAAUCUUGACUCCCUAUCAAUACAGAGAUGCUACAAACCUGCAGACUUCGGUGAGGUUACGACCAUGCAGAUGCACCACUUCUCCGAUGCUAGUUCCGAGGGAUACGGCCAAUGCUCAUACAUGAGAAUUAAGAAUGGAGAGGGAAGAGUCCACUGUAUCCUGGUGAUGGCAAAGUCCAGGAUUGCCCCGCUCAAGGCAGUAACAAUACCCCGUUUGGAACUAUCAGCUGCCGUUGUUUCCAUUAGGGUGAGCACAUUUCUUCAGCGAGAGUUAGCCUUGGAGGACAUUGAGCAUAUCUACUGGACAGACAGCAAUGUGGUACUUGGAUACAUAAACAAUGAAUCGAAGCGGUUCCAUGUGUUCGUAGCAAAUAGGAUCUGUGAGAUCAGACAACACUCAGAAUCAUCGCAGUGGAAGCACGUUCGAACACAGGACAAUCCAGCAGAUGGAGCUUCCAGAGGGUUUACCGUUGACCAACUCAUCACUUCGAACUGGUUCACUGGCCCAGAUUUUCUAUGGGAAGAGACGGUUCCUCGUGCUGAUGAUCAGGAGGAAUUCGAGGUUUCACCAGGUGACCCCGAGGUGAAGAAGUCUAUGGUGAACGCGACUGUAAUGGGUGACUCCAAGUUUGAUCUGAGUCGCCUAGACCGAUUCCCGACAUGGUAUAGAGCAAAGAGGGCGAUGGCUUAUUGUCUGCUGUUCAUCACAAGACUGAAACAACGUUGUCAAAGAAAACGUACAAGACAGGCAAAUGAUGACUCAACUUCCCAAGGCAAAGUCUCGGUGCAGAAUCUACAACAGGCAGAAACUGAGAUACUGAGACACGUCCAGAGUGAAGCCUUUGGGGAAGAAAUAGAAAUCCUGAAGUCAAUCCAGAGGAAACAGGAUCUGAAUGACAGGCAGAGAAGACGUCAAAUAAAGAAAGAAAGUCGUCUCCAUGGACUUGACACUUUCCUGGAUAAAAAGGGAAUUCUAAGAGUUGGAGGAAGAAUUCGAAGGGGAGACGACUCAUAUGACAGAAAGCAUCCCCUGAUUCUCCCACAAAGAAGCCACGUAACGGACCUUGUGAUACGUCACUGUCAUGAGUUGACUGCUCAUCAAGGAAGAGGCAUGACAUUGAACCAGAUAAGAGAGAAUGGAUUUUGGGUUCUUGGAAGCAGUAAUCGAGUGGCCAAUUUCAUACGAAAAUGUGUCAUAUGCAAUAGGCUACGUAGUCCCGCACAAUUACAGAAGAUGUCUGAUCUACCGUCUGACCGUGUGUUACCUGCAGCACCUUUCACUUACUGUGGCAUCGACUGCUUUGGCCCAUGGGUGAUAAAGGAAGGUAGAAAGGAGAUGAAGCGAUAUGGACUUCUCUUCACAUGCAUGCCUUCGAGAGCCGUGCAUAUUGAGACACUCAAUAGUCUGACUACAGACUCAUUCAUUCAGGGAUAUCGUCGCUUUGCUGCUCUGAGGGGUCCAAUACGUCAACUGAGAUGCGACAGGGGAACGAACUUCGUUGGCGCAGAAGCAGAGUUAAGGAAAGCGUGGUCAGAAAUGAAUCACGAACAUGUCAAAGGCACUCUAAUGAAAGAAGGAUGUGACUACGUACAGUUCACUUUCAACGUCCCCGCGGCAAGCCAUAUGGGUGGAGUAUGGGAGCGCCAAAUAAGAUCUGCCAGGAGAGUGCUUGAAACUUUGCUGUAUCAAUCGAGUAGACAACUCAAUGAUGAAUCACUGAGAACACUGAUGUAUGAAGCGGCUGCAAUUGUCAAUAGCAGGCCGCUGACUGUGACUGACCUGAACGACCCAACAUAUUUGGCUCCUCUUACGCCAAAUCAUCUCAUAACCAUGAAGUCGAAAGUCUUACUUCCUCCACCAGGCAAUUUUCAGGACGCUGAUUUGUACUCCAGAAAGCGUUGGAGGAGGGUACAACAUCUGAUCAACGAGUUCUGGGAUCGUUGGAGAAAGGAGUUUCUCCAGAACUUACAGACACGCCAGAAAUGGACUCGGCCCCGACGGGAUGCUAAGAUUGGGGAUAUCGUCAUCAUGAAAGACGAGAACUUGCCACGAAAUCAAUGGUCCCUAGCAAGGAUAAGCGAGGUCUUUCCUUCUACCGAUGGACUCAUUCGUAAAGUGAAGCUCGUAAAGGGUGACUCCGAACUUGACGACAGCGGUAAGCGUAAAGGACCUGUGAAAGAACUAGAGCGUCCGAUACACAAACUGGUUUUGCUGCUUCCGCGUGAAGACCAGGACGGAUUCCCGACCAAGGAGCCUUGA